AGGCGGCCAUGUUGGAUCUGUUGGUCAUGGUUCUGGUGUUGACUCGUCUUCACCCGUCACCUCACUGCAGCUCACUGCCAACCUAACUCUUCCUCCUCUUCCUCAGCUCUUCCUCCCUCCCCAGGCCAGGAGGCAGGUCCUGGUUACAAGUGGAAAAUGUCCUAUGCAAGUCCCGACCUGCUCACCUGGAGCCUACCUCACCUUCUGCGCUUGUUGCUGGCCCACCUCUGGCUCUUGGCUCCGCCCACAGUUGUAUCAGCUGGCCUGUGCCGGGUCUCCGGAGGUGUGCUCGGGAUCCACUGGACCAGCACCCUGAGCCUGGGCUGGUACCCGCUGGCAUCCGGCAGAGGUGGAGCAACGUGCUGGGAGACAUGCUGCCUGGAGCCCAGGUGUAAUGCCGUGUGGAGCAUCGGGGGGCGCUGUGUGCUGCUCAGCUGCUCCAAGAAUGAUGGCUGCAACAUCUCGUCUCUGCCGCAGCCUCACGAGGAGUCGCUGGGCCUCCUGCAGAUGCUCUCCAAGGGUCCGGUCAGCAUGACGCGCAGGAGGCCUCGGCGGGCUCCACAUAAAAGAAGACGGGAAAUGCACUUCACCGACACGGAAAGCUUCAAACAGGAAACAUUUCACCCAGCUCCCACAGCUUCCAGCACCUUCACUGUCCUGCAGACGGUGCAGCAGAACCUCAGCUUGUCAGGCAAUAGGAGCUCAGACAACAUUACUACAAUGUCUCUGCAGAACUCCACCGCUGACCCCACGGCGUCUUCAAAUGACACUGAUGUGAGCCCUCCGACUCCGACUCCGGCAGUCAAGGAGCUGGUGGUGUCGGCAGGAGAGAGUGUGGAGGUGACGUUGCCCCGCAAUGAGGUCGAACUCAACGCCUUCGUGGUCCCACCUCCCCCACCAGGAACCAACUAUGCAUUUGACUGGCGUCUGAAAACUCAUCCCAAAGAUUACAGCGGAGAGAUGGAGGGGAAGAAGGGCAAAACUCUGAAACUCAGCAAGUUGACAGUGGGUCUGUAUGAGUUCGAGGUGACAGUGGACGGGGAGGGGGCCCAUGGACAGGGUUACGUCAACGUCACCGUUAGACCAGAGCCACGAGUAAACAAGCCUCCGGUUGCCGUGGUUUCCCCGAAGUUCCAGGAAAUCUCCCUGCCGACCAGCUCCACGGUGAUCGAUGGCAGUCAGAGCACAGACGAUGACAAGGUGGUGACGUGGCAUUGGGAGGAGGUCAAAGGUCCCCUGAGGGAGGAGAAGGUCUCUGCCGACACUCCCGUCCUCACCCUCACCAGCCUGGUUCCUGGAAACUACACGUUCAGUCUGACAGUAACGGACUCUGACGGUGCCACAGGCUCGACCCAGGCCACCCUGUCUGUGAACAAAGCCAAGGACUACCGGCCUGUCGCCAACGCCGGCCCAAACCAGGUCAUCCAGCUGCCUAGAAACUCCAUCACUCUGUAUGGCAACCAGAGCACGGACGACCACGACAACCUGUCCUACGAGUGGUCGCUGAGCCCGGAGAGCAAAGACAAGGUGUUGGAGAUGCAGGGUGUUCGGACGCCAAUACUGCAGCUGUCGGCCAUGCAGGAGGGAGACUACACCUUCCAGCUGACGGUGACCGACUCAGCAGGACAGCAGGACACGUCAAAGGUCACCGUCAUCGUGCAGCCAGAGAACAACAAGCCUCCAAAAGCUGAUGCCGGGCCGGAGAAGGAGCUGACGCUGCCUGUGGACAGAACCACGCUGGACGGCAGUAAGAGCAGUGAUGACCAGAAGAUCGCCACCUACCACUGGAGAAAGACCAGCGGCCCGGAUGGUGUGAAAAUUGAAAAUGCAGACAGCGCCAUUGCCACCGUGACGGGCCUUGAGGUUGGCAUCUACGAGUUCACGCUGACUGUAACGGAUGAAAGAAUGCUGGAGAGCAGCGACACGGUGACCGUCAUCGUCAGAGAAGAAAAGGACCAGCCACCCGUGGCCCGAGUCCUGUCGAGUCUGCCAGUCUCCCUGCCCGUCAGGACAGCCACCCUGGAUGGGUCUCGCUCCUCGGACGAUAAAGGUGGUCUGAGCUUCCAGUGGAGCAGAGACGACAGCAGUCCGGCUGCUGGGGAUGUGCUGAACAACUCUGAUCACCAGGUGGUGCUGUUCCUGGGGAACCUGGUGGUGGGGAAGUACAGCUUCACUCUGACAGUAACCGACAGCAAAGGACAGAGCAGCACAGACAGAGGAACCGUGGAGGUCCGACCAGAUAUGUGGGAGCGUGACCUGGUGGAGCUGGUGCUGGAGGUUGCCGUGUCCCAGGUCUCCCAGCGCCAGCGAGACCUGCUGCUUCGUCAGGUGGGGGUUCUACUUGGGGUGCUCGACGGUGACAUCAUCGUCAGAGAGAUCAGUGCGUUUAAUGAGCACAGCACUCGUCUGGUCUUCCUAGUGUCAGGGGGUCCGGGGCGCCCUCCUCUGUCCGGCCGCAGCGUGACACUGAACCUUCGCAACAAACUGCACAAACAGAAGAACGAGUUCCUGAUCUUCAAAGCUCAACGUGUCGACACAGUCAUCUGCCAGCUGAACUGUUCUGGCCACGGAGAGUGUGACUCGUUCAGUCGGAGGUGUGUGUGCCACUCUUUCUGGAUGGAAAACUUCAUCAGAGCUCAGCUUGGAGAUGCAGAGAGCAACUGUGAGUGGAGCGUGCUGUAUGUCACCAUAGCCUCCUUCAUGAUUGUGGUUGCCACGGGAACGCUGGUCUGGUCAGUGGUGUGUUGCUGCAACAGAAGACGUAAAAACAAAGUUCGCCGGAGCAAAAGUCGAUAUAAGAUGCUUGAAGGUGAAGAGCAGGACGUCUUAGAGCUUCAGCCACCUAGAACCACGCGUCAGAAGCCUGUUCCCGGGCCUACAUCCUCAGCUCUCAUGCACUCGGACUCUGACCUGGACAGCGAUGAAGGCCAGGAGCGUGGGCACCUCCUGCGGCCCCAGAACGGCUCCCUGAAGAAUGGCCAGGGGCCCCCAAGGUUGAAGAAGCCCAGAGAGGAGCUGCUAUAGUGGUGAGGACUGUUCUUUAUCAGUAAGGACUGAGAGGGCGUUCCUGCUCCCACUUUGAGCCGGAACGAGGCAGACCUGAGCUGCCUCACUGAGGACUGACGGUGGGAACCACUAGUUACACACUGUGACUUUACUGAUAGGCGCUUUACUUUCUGCUUCAACGACACGACAGCCAGCCACCUGCAGCGCUCAGACUUCUCCUCUUCCAUGCACAACACAAACACAUGAAGCAACCAAACACUGCCAUGUCUGAGGUCUGCAGAUGUGACGGCACAACCAAACCAGAGCUACCACCUCCAAAAACAAACCAGUCUGGAGAUACCUGCAUGAAGAGUGCCGGCCUGAGCCAGAGAUUCUGCUGCAUGUCUGUGUGUUUUUCUGUGUUACUGACCCACAGUACGGUCAGAAUGUGCUUUUAUUCUGAUAUCCUGUCACACACUGGAGAGCCCCUCGUUAAGGAGGCUCGUAAAGGCGCUGAGUGAGCCGCUGAGAUGCUGUUGAUGCACUUUGACUUCAUGUCUUGUUUUGUCACUGGCGUUGUUUUGAAAACGGGAGAAAUCAGCUGUGAUGCUGAAGGUUUAAAACCUCAGCUAAAGUGAGGAACUGUUCUGCUGUGUUCAUCCGCGUCUGAGUCAAAGCUGUUCACUGUAGACAUGAAGAUCUCACAGGGGUUUACUUCCUAGCCGAGUUUUAAUCGUGAGCUAAAAGCUUUUUAGUUGGGAGCAGCUGACAGUCUGCCUCAUUUUAGCUUUGAUUUUAUUUCAUUAAAAGCUUAUAUUUUUUCCUGGAAAGUGGAAAUAUUAGGAUGAGAUUUUAAACUAGUUUCAGUGGCUUUAAUCAGUCUUCCUGCUCAGACAAGCCAUCAUAAGAUCCCUGAUUUUUAUCUGGAUGAUGAGGUUUUUCCGGACUUUGGGACAUUUUAAUUUAAUGCUUCCGUAUUUAUUUUGUUCCAGCAGGGUUUCCUCACUUCGCUGCAUUGAUUCUAGUCUGUACUAAAAAACUCAUGACAUUUAAAAAAAUUGAUGAAUUUUAAAAAACUUGAUUUUUUAUUUUAUUUUUUCUGCAUUUAAAGAAAAGAUGUGAAAACUGCUUUGCUGUUUAACCGAGUUUGGUGGGGAAGCAUUUCUAAAGUGAGAACUGAAGAAGGAGCUUCGUGUGAAGAAGAUUUGCUCCUAAGAGCAGAAACAUGAUGUAGCCUGCAUGUUUCCUGGCUGAGAAAAGCCCUGAACCUUUCCUGUAACUUGUCCACAGGAUCACUGCAUGCAGAAUGUUGGGCUGUCCGAGUCACUUUUUCUGUGCUGAAUGUUAGACGAGUUCGACCAUGAUUCAGUUCAGCCUGUGUCUGUUUCCUCUUGCUAAUGUCACUUCUGCUUUUAACUGUUUCAUUCAGACUUUGUGAGUUUAUUCGGCCGUCCUUUGCCUAAAAUUAUUCCAGUGCACCGAAGUGCCACCUCUGGCAGAACACUUGAAAACAACUAGGUGGGUGGAGAUGUGUUUAGAGGAAAACAAACAUGUUGAUUCUGUUACUUCUUUUUCACCUUUCCUUAAAUUUUCCAGCUGUCUUCAGAGCUCGGCAUGUCUUCUGUUACAUUUAGGACCUAAGCUAUGCAGGCUUCACUGUGAAGGCAGAACACAGGGAGAAACUGCUGAAUGAUUGUUUUUCUAAUGAUGUUUAAUGAAGGAUCGUCCUCCUCUCUAUCUGUGGUCAAACCUGAUGAAACCGGAUCAUCUGUAAAUCAAAAUAAAAUGUUUUCAUGGUUUAUUGUAAAA